UUGUCAAACUAGUACCUCCGUAAAAAAAAGAAAGAAAACAAUUUGGAAAGAAGUGCGACUUAUUGGUAUUCAGGGAGGAUUUAAAGCGAACAAGAUGCCUAACUGUAUAGUUAUAACGGCUAUAGUAUGUGUGUUGAUCACGACAGUAGCUACAAUUGUGUCGUUUUCACUCCCAAACUGGUUACAUUUUCAAAAUCUUGGAGACUCUCUCUGUGGGUGCUCGUCUAAGGAUUGCCAUUGUGGUCUAUGGAUAAACUGCAGGGGAGGAUUCGAUGCCAGUUCAUCGUUAGCUAAUUGUGAAUGGUUCUUCUCCGACGAUUUCCACAUCGAAAAAAGUUUACCAGAUUGGUUCAAGGCAGUUCAGGGUCUGAUGUCGUGUGCCGUUGCCAGCUCCAUGUUGUCACUUCUGAUUGGUCUGUUCUCCCUCUGCUGGACAUGUAAAGGCUGCAACCCACACCAGGCCACCGGAGCCUUCGCUAACCUCACCUUCCUGUUGCUGGCCGUAGCUGUUUGCGUGUUCGGAACCAAGGCCUAUCUAGAAAAACAAGCCAUCGUGAUGCCGUCCCAGACGACCAGUAAUGAAAUGCUACUGUUCGGCUGGAGUUUUUGGGUCGCUGUUGGAGCGACUGGAAUGGCGCUAAUAUCCAGCAUACUGUACUUCUGUGUCGGACGAAGCGACGACACAUAUUGACAUAUCUAAUUAAUUACGCUAACUAUGGCCAUACAUUUGUCCUCUUCAUCAUUACUUAAUCCUUUCACAACUGUAGACCAUAAUGGACUCAUCCAGAUGAAUGUAUGGUAAAGUCUACUUAAGUUACAUAGGGGUGAAAGGGAGGGUUAAUUUCCUGGACAUUGCCAAAAGAAUUUUUCAGUUUUAACAAAAGAAUUUUGUUUGUCUCUUUGGACCAGUUUUGGAAUUAAUGGCAAAUCUGUUUGCAAAAGAAUGUUUCCCUGAUAUUUUCAUUUAGAGAUAUACAGAGAAACCUGUAUAAAUUACCACACUCAGGAAAUUCAAAAAGUGGUUUCUUAUCACAGGUUGUGUCUUAACAGGUGGUCUCAUAAUACAGGUUUGACUGUAAGUAAACGUUGUCAAAAAUCUCACUUCAGAAGAAUUAUGUUAUGAGGAUUUAUAAUCACAGGGUAAAUAAAGUUGAAGGCAGGAAAAAGUAAGAUAAUGUAACCCUGAGUUGCGGUGUAGCAUUAAAAAUGUAAUAUAGAAAUUCAAAAUUCACAUCAAAUGAAGCAAAAUGCACAGUUGUAGUAAGCAUUGCCCAGCUAAGAUGACAACAAAUUGAUUUUCAUAAUUAUUGAUUAUUCAUUCACCCCUAAAGUCACAUUUGAACCUUAACAAAUCAAAGACUGGGCCAGUCCAGUUUAAAUAUAUAGGGUUGAAUGAGUUAAGAGAUAAAUUUAAUGAUUGCUGUAUUUUGACUGGUUACUACUUAAAUUUCUUGUUAUAUCAUAUUGUUCUGAUUUUGUUGAACAAAACCUUUUUCUGAGAAUUUUUAAUAUAUCAGAAUUUUUCUUAUUAGUAAUCAAAGAGAAUAAAAUGAUCGUGUGGAAAUUUAUUUUAGCAGAGAAAGUGAUUUGACUUUCCUUGCCAAUCAUCAUUGGCUGUGUCUUAUUUUGUAUGCUGCUGGUAGCUCUUGUGUAAAUAUUACCUAUGCUUUGUAUACGUACAUCAAACACUGGUUUGAAACAUGAUUUUUAUACAUCUGUAUCCUUCCAUACAAAUGUGAUUCUUUUCUUACCUCUUAACUCAUUCACCCCUGAAACUGCAUAAUGAACUAUUCCCACCUUUGAGUUGGAAGAGUUCAAAUGUGUCUUCAGGGGUGAAUGAGUUAAUUCUUUCUAUUUUGAUAGUAGAAUGUAACGAAUACCUCUUUUUGAUAGAAACCUUUCUAAUUAAUCCUAGUUUGUGAUUUAGAAAGGAUGUGUGAUAAUCUCAUUCUGAUUCUGACAGCUAAAAUACAAAAAUAGGUGUCUUCCUUGUUAAUGGCAUGGCAGCAACAGAGUUGUUUCCCUUUCAUUAGGAAAAAUGAAACAGUUUUCAUAAAGGGAGGUUGUUUGAUAUUUCUGAAACGUUUUAUAUACAUUGUACAUAUUUUGUAUAUAUUUAUAAAAAUAUCAAUGAAUACUUAACCCUUUCACCCCUAUGU